CGUGAUGGAGUUUCUAAACUCACAAUAUCGUGCUAACAUCAAUGCAACAAACGGCUUUGGCGAGUCUGCUGUGUUCGUUGCUGCUGCUUGUGAUAACCCAGAAACCAUCACAACAGCUGCAAAAAUGGGUGCUGAUUUGAGUCUCAGAAGUGAUCUUGAUGAAUCUGCAAUGGACAUAGCAGCCAGAGAAGAUUCUGUUUCUUGCAUUGUGACUAUUGCACAGAAGGCUCCCGAAACAGUUACAGCUGUUAACGAUUAUGGUGACACUUCACUCAGCCACUGUUUUACGGGUGAGAGCGUCGACAUGUUAAUCAAUCUGGGAGCAGAUCUGAACCACAGGAAUGAAACAAGACGCACAUCCCUUCACACAGCUGCUACUGAUCCAGAUAGAGAAGAAGCAGCACGCAAGCUUGUUUCAAGAGGUGCUGAAGUUGAUGCCAAAGAUGAGGCAGGCAAGACACCAUUACAUGUGGCAGUUUCGAUGAACAACACACAAGGGGUUGACUUUCUUACCGAUGAAGUUGGGGCAGAUGUGAAUGCACGAGACAACGAAGGAAAAUCCCCACUUCUAGUUGCACUUGAUCGUAACUUUGAGACUCUGACGGAGAAUCUUAUUCGCAAGGGAGCAGACACUUAUGCCUCGGAUGUCAGAGGAUUGACUGCGCUUCAUUACGCUUCAAAAAACGGUUAUGAAAAGCUUUCAAAAAUGUUGUUGGAUGCCGGAGUAGUCGUUAAUGCUCCUGACAUUGAAGGAAAGACACCUCUACAUUACGCAGUUAUUAAUAAUCCUCAUCUAGCCAAAUUGCUCGUUGAAAACGAUGCGGAUAUGUAUAUACGUGAUGCACGAGGAGACACUGCUCUAGGCUUGUCUCGCAAGAGCGGCCAUCCUCUAAAGCAGCUGACAAGAGAAGAGGUAGAAGUACUUGAUUUUACAGACGUAUCGAAAGAUGAGCUUGCUGUACCACCAGGCCCAACGUGUCCGUCAAAGUGUUUUGCAGAUGGACCAGGUUUGAAAGGAGGACAGGUGAAUACAAGAUACAGUUUUAGUGUGUUUACUUGUGACGAGAACGAAAAAAUUCGAAUUGUCGGAGGAGAUUCCUUGUUCAUUCGAAUCGUUCUAGCUGACACCAAGACAAACAUCACAGCCACUUCUGGCCAGAGAGACGACAAACGUUUGAUGAUAACAGAUAACGGUGAUGGAACGUAUUCUGUUGCUUUCGAAUUGUCAGACGCUGGAUCACACCAAUUUCACAUUUCAAUUGGAGAAGAGUCAGUUCAUGGAAGUCCGUAUGUUAUACCUCUGGCACAAUCUGCUCCUCCUCCACCACCUAUUAUCAGCACCACAAUCUAUGAGCCUGCAGAUUAUCCUGAUGAGCAAAUAUGUUUUGCAAAGAAGGAAGGAAUUGGACAAGUUGACAUUGCAAUUGUUUGUGAUACUACUGCAAGCAUGGGUAAAGCACACGAAAUCAAAACUGCUCAAAAGCUGAUACAAGAUCUCAUAGACUCUAUUAAUAACGAAAGUCUUUGCAGCGACUUGAGAAUAGCUGUUGUUGCGUUCAGAGAUCAUCCGCCAAGAUACACCGCCUACGUGACUAAGGUUUGGUCGUUCACUUCAAAUAUUGCCUCUGUCAGGGAAGCUGUAAAUAGUCUUGAAGCCUUGGGCAAAAAUCGUAGGGCUGACCUUCCAGAAGCCGUUACUGAUGCGGUAAAAGAAGUAAUCGAUCUCAAUUGGGAUGAAACGCAGAGACCUCACGCUGUUCGAAUGGCCGUGUUGAUAGGAGACGCUCCGCCGCAUGGUAUGUCUGGCCUAACAUACCGAGACAAUUUCCCGAAUGGUUGCCCAUGUGGUCAUGAUUGGCUCAUGUUAGCAGACCAAUGUCGCUUGAAGAAGAUCAACAUCUACACAGUUUUGUGCCGAAAUGAUUCUUUUGCUGCGCAAGCCUUCAGUGGAAUAGCACAAUCCUCGGGCGGAAAAUGCACUAAAAUUCAACAUAAUAGCGACAACGCUGAAAUCAUAAAUUUAAUUAAACUGCACGUUCAAGAACAAUUGGACCAACAGCUCACCAAUAGUACAGUAUCAGACGUUAUCAUUACAAAGCCAUUGGAGGAACGCACGUUUGAACAGCGACUUGGACGCGUCAAAGAGGAACUGUCUACUCUAGGCUUUACAGUUCGACGAUUGGACACCGGACUAGGUACGGCUACUCUUCAGAUCAGGUCAGUCUGUGAGGACGACAUUUACGAGGCGGUAGAAGACUUCAAAUCAUGUGAGCGCCUUGUUAAUUCCAAACGAGAUUUCAUUCUGAUGGAUCACAUGGGGAAAAAGCUUUAUGCUUUGCGGAAAAUUCAAGGAAAUCUUCCUUCUGUUGUAGAAACUAUCACGCAAGUUUGACUGAUAAAAUGACACACAUGCAUGCAAUCGUUCUGUGCUUUUUGACAUUUGUUGAGUUGUCAGUAUACAGUUAUAGGUAUAGAGUGUGUAACGUUAACUUAUCUGUUUGUGCAUGUUAAAUGAGCUGUAAAAAUUGUUGAUUUUGACGUUAUG